AUGGGAUUAAUCGUUGCAGCCUACGAUUUCUGUAUGGAGAAGAAAAGGGGCGGCGACCAAACUCCGACUCAGGCAUUGAUGGGGCUUCAAAGUAAGAAAUCACGUUUGAAUGUAUCCGCCUUCAACACAAAACAUCAACUGGACAACGCAGGAGUGAAGGAAACAACGGGGAUUGUCGGUGUUGUUGUCUUUGGGGCCUGCAAGGGAGUGUUUUCGUCGGCGCCUUCACAGGCGUUAGGGUGGUUGGCGGCGGUUUUUGGAGUGUCAAACACAAUUCUUGAAGUUAUUGUUCCUUAUUCUCAUAUGCCAAUCAUCCAAUUGCUUGGCAAGGUGCAUGUUAGGUGUUUGGUGAAAUGUCUAACUGAAGUUAUCCUUCAUGUUUUACCCUUAUUCAUGACAAUAGAUGUUGAUUUUGAUGGCGACAAGAUGAAUAUGCAUAUUCCACAAACAAAAGAGGCUCGAACUGAGGCUCUUAUGCUUAUAGGGCUCAAAACAAUCUAUGCACACCAAAGAAUGGGGAGAUUUUUGGUUGCAUCCACGCAAGAUUUUUUGACAUCUUCCUUUCUUACAACAAUUAAGGACAUUUUAUAUGAUCCUGCCUCAUUUGCACUUCUGAAAUAUGAUAGGAAGCACAAGGGUGUGAUUGUCUACAUAUGUAAUAACCAUGGACUUCGAGAUGUAUAUGAAAGUGACAGAAAUAUUGCAAUAACAGCUUCAGAGCCUCUAGCUGUCUUGGUGCAUUCAAGGAUAACAAUCAUGCAAUGCGUUUCUUCUACUCCCCCAUAUGCAUACCCGUCACCUCCGCCUCCCACCACCGGCCGCCACCUUACCCAUUUGUCCGAUCCAUCUCAUAGUCCUGUUUCUGAGAGGAUGGAUCGAUCUGGAACAGGUUCCCACCAUAGGACUUCAAUUUCUCAUAAACUUAAUCUCGAGGACAACAAUGGCGGAAAUUUCGAUUCAUUUAGCAACGCGAGUUUAAUGGAGACUGAAACCAGAUCUCGUGCUCAAACUCGUAGCGCUUCUGCCAUUACUAUUUAUUAUCGUGAAAGAUGUUCCGAUGGAGGAAGAAGCUGAUGCUUGAAGAACGGACCACGAAAUUUGAACGACGCCUCUUAGCAACAUUAUUUUUUUAGAAUGAAUUAGUGUGUUUGUUAGAUUUUAAUGUUUUUCUUCCCGAUUUGAAAUUUUUUUAGUUUUAUUCUUUAACAAUAAAUGUAAUUCUUAGCAAUUGUUACAUGUAUUCUAUAAGAAUUAAUAUAAUUUUUGUUUUAAUUCUUCAAUUGCUGGU